UUGAUGUGUCGGUCACACUUUGGGCGUGUUUAUAAACCAUUUUCAUUUAAAUAAACAAUAUUUGUCGAAAAUAGUUAUGGGGGCGUCCAACUACAGCACGAGAGUUGCGCUCGGCGUGUCCGUGUUUUCUGUUCUCCUAUUUGUAAUCGCGUUUUCAACUCCUUAUUGGUUGGUCACAGACGGUCGCUUAAACAAUCCGCGAUUUACCAACCUGGGCCUAUGGGAAGUUUGUUUUAAGAACUUCCAGGACAUACACAGAUUCUAUGACAACCGCUUCAACGGAUGCAUGUGGGUUUUCGAAGAGGAGUACUACAUCAUACACGACUUUCUUCUGCCUGGUUUCUACAUAAGCGUCCAAAUAUUCGCCACGCUUUGCUUUGUUAUGUGCCUCAUCACCGUGCCACUCACCAUAGCAUUCCUACGCACAUCUCGUGAUGAUGACCGAUACAUGGGGCUGCUGCUGGCCAUUGGAUCGUGCCAGGUGGUGGGCUCGGUUUUCGGAUUUAUAGCCGUGGUCGUUUUCGGGGCCAAAGGAGAUUCCCGCGACUGGAUGCCUGGCUGGCAGAACAACGACAUGGGUUGGUCAUUUGCCUUGGGCGUGGUCGGAGCUGUGCUGCUACUGCCGGCCGGAGUGCUCUACAUGGUGGAGGCCCGGCGGGAGCGGUACAAGCGACUGAACGAAAUCUGCAAUCGGGAGGUCAGUGAGUACGGAGACGACUUCUACCAGCAGCAGGCACAGACUGCGGCUAUUCCCUCGCAAUCUUAUUUCGCACCAGAACCAAGUCGUCCGCGACGACCUCAGCCAGGUGCUUCAACGUCUGUGCCCGUAGGAGGAAUUCAAACAGACAUAUAGCACUAGAAAGCUCAAUAUGCAUUCAUAAAACUUCUUAAUCUCCGUCCAUUUACAAAAUAAUUUACUGAGUAUUUUACAAUUUGUAUGUAUUUACAUGUUUCCCGGACUACGAUACACCUUUUACACAGACCGAGUCCAGCGAAAAAAAGAGCUCUUUACACAAACACCUAAUAUUCUCAAAAACAAGAGAAGAAGCUUAUUCAGCAAGUCGAAUAUUUACCCUUGCAUCUAAAACCAUAUGUAAUUAAAAUGCAACUUUUUGCUGAAAUAAGACCGAACGAUUAAAAAUAUUUAAGAUUUUUACCUGCA